AUGAAUACAGACAUUUUAUUUACUGAUCAAUAAAAUACUAAUUAAGAUGAAUUAAUUACAGAAUAGCGAGAAUUAGACAUAGUUAAUGGUUUAAUGCAACCUUAGAUCGAUAGCGAAUAAUAAAAUUAAGAUGGAAGCAAUGUGACUUAAAAUAAAAGCUAGAAUUAACAAGUAAAAGCUAACUAAUUAACAGAAAGUAUUGAAAUUAAAUAGAGUUCAUAAAGAGGUUUUAUGGAUAAACUUAAAAAUCUUUUGUAAAAAAAACAAACAACAUUUUUAGAUGAAAAUGUGAAUGAGGAAGAAUAAAAUAGGAGAUAUUAAAUCGCUAUGAAAGGUUGGAAAAAAGUUAAGUCAGUACUAAGAAUCAUUUAGUAUAAAAGGAAAGUAGGUAUUUUGGAUAGCUACUAACCUAAAGAAUCUAAAUGGGCUUACUCUAAAUUUUUACUAUUACCAUUCUCAAACUUCAGAUUUUACUUUUUAUUGAUUGAAUCGUUUUUCAUUAUAUACAACAUAUUUCUUGUUCCCUUUAGAUAUGCAUUUAGUUUGAUUCGUUAGGAGAAUUUGAUGGUCAUAGAUAUUGUUAUGGAUUCUUUUUUUCUUUGCACGAUAAUUAUUAAAUUUUUUUGUGCUUAUGUUGACAAAACAAGAGUCGUUAAGGAUUUUAACUCUAUUGCAUUUAGAUAUUGUUUUGGUUUCUUAUGGAUGGAUUCCGACGGAUUAUUCUUUUUUGAAGUUACAGCUUUGUUUCCUUAUUAUAUUUUUAACACUUGGUAUGGCACAAGAUUUCUCAGGAUGCUCUAGAUUGGCUGUGUUUUAGAUUAUUUCUAAAUAUUUUGUAACAAAGUUUUAGGGUUUUUUACUUCUAAUAUCAACUUGACUAAGAGCUUAACAACCAUUCUAUAAUUUUUGUUGCUACUAUGUAUUAUAGCAUAAUAUCUUUCUUGCUUUUGGUAUUAUCUUGGUAUCAAAAAGAAUGUAGAAUAUGGAUAUGAUAAAAAUGCAAAAGAAUUUAGACUAAUGUCGGGAUGGGUAUAUGAGUAACUAUUCUCGAGUGAUGAUAAUCCCGCAUCUGAAAUUGGAAAUAAUUUAUAAACUGAAUUUGUUGCAUCACUCUAUUGGGUAUUCACAACAUUGACAACACUAGGUUAUGGUGAUUUUUAUGGAUAAACAAGCUACGAAAGAAUAUUUACUAUGUUUGUAUAAUUCUUAGGUGUAUUCAUUUUUGCUUAUAUGAUGGGAAAUAUAAACAAUCUUAUUGAAAAGCUUAAUGAUGACCAUUUAGAAUAUAUUUAAAAUGAAAAUGAAAAUCUUGAUCAGUGGAUAAUCAAAAUAGAUAGAGCAAAUCCUACAAGAAAAUUACCAUAGUCAUUUGUUGAUGAUUUAAGAAAAAGAUUUACAAUUUAUUGGUAAAGAGAUCACACAACUGUUGUGCAGGAGUUUCCUUUCUUUAAUUAGCUUCCAGUGGAUUUAAGAAGUCAACUUGUUGAUCACAUUUUUAAAGGAUUUAUUGACAGGUUUUCUGUCUUCUUUAAAGGGCUAGAAAUAUAGUUUGUUCAUGCUGUUGUAGUAAAUCUCUAUCCUAAAAAAUAUACUUAAGCUGAAUACGAUGGAUUGAAAUAAAUAGACAUUAUUCCUAUAGAUACCUGUCCAAAUGAUCUCUUUUUUAUUACAAAAGGAAAUGUAACAAUAGGCUCAAAGGAUGGUGUUCAUAAAUAUAUCACAUUAGGUCCUGGUUCUUACUUUGGUGAUCAUCUAAUUUUAUUCAAUCUAAAGUCUUCGAAUGCUUUUAUAGCUAUUGAUGAGGAUGUAGAAUGCAUGUGUAUAGACCGCAAAAUACUUUUGGAUUUAUGCGAUUUUUAUCCUUAUAGCCAUAAAAUAUUAAAGUAUAAAGCCUAUGCUAGACGUAAACAUUUUAGAGAAAUAAAAGAAAAGGUUAUGGAGUUGGAAGAGAUGUAAAGACCUAAAUAUUCGGCAAACUAAAUAGAAAAUAACAUUAAUGGGCAUACGCAAUUUUUAUCUAAUUCUCAUCAAAAUUCUAACAAAAAUUCCAAAGCUAACCAGAUAAGUUUCAACUAGGCUAUAGCUGAUAGACUCAUGAAUCCAGAUAAUGAUUCUAAAGUUUAAAGUCCUGCCUUAAAAACUAAUUUUGCUAAUUAGGCUUAAGAAAAAGAAUUUAAUAAAGAUUUAUAAAGCUAUGAUCAAGCCCUAUAGAGCAAAAAAUAAAUAGAAAGUUAAAAAGAAUAAAAUUAUAGCAUUUAAAGUAAUCGAUUCAAAACAGAAAGUGUUUAACUAAAUGAAAUACAAGAGAUUCCUCAUUUUAUAGAGUUUGUAGAAGAGACAGAGUUAAAAAAAGUGGCACUACAAAAAGAAUUAGAUUAGGUAAAUCAAAUCUAAAGCUAGUUCAAGUAAUACAUUAAAGAAGCAGUAAGCAAUCAGGGCUCUAAAAGUCCAAAAGAUAGUCAUAAUGAAAGUAUGUAAACUAUUUAUAACUACGAGGAAGAAAACAGAAAAAAUGAAAUACUGAAACUUGCUAAAGAUCUCAAUGAUAAAAUAGAAAUACUUAAAAAAUCGAUAUGUUUAUUAGAUUCAGAGAUUAAAAACAAAAUAUCUAAUAUCAAAACAGAGUUAGAAUUCGUAACAAGCUACGAAGAAGUUCUUCACGAUUUUGAUGAAGAUGAUAAAAUAAUCUAAACUUAAAAUUGA